AUGAACAAGCUGAUAGGAUUGGUGUUUGGAUUCUCUGUACCAAAUGGGUGCAAGAGGGCUUGUUUAGUUGCAGUCACUGGAAGCUCAGAAGAAGAAGAAGAAGAAGCAUUGUUAUUAGGGAGUGAAGGCUAUGUGACUGGGAUACUGAUUCUUGAUACACUGGCUGAUUUUCUUCCCAGGAAAGGACCAUUGCAGCAGAGAAGGUCAGGGAUUGCUUACAUAUCAAAUGUUGCUGUGCGAGAGGAAUUACGCAGGAAAGGAAUCGCAAAAAAACUUGUAGCUAAAGCUGAGAGUGAAGCACGAACCUGGGGAUGCCGCGCCAUUGCAUUGCACUGUGACGCUAACAACCCUGGAGCCAUAAAGCUGUAUAUGGGGAUGGGUUUCAGAAUCAUCAAAGUGCCAGAAGGAGCUAACUGGCCACAACCCAGAGCUUCUCCGGGCUUCCACUUUAGUUUCAUGAUGAAGCUUCUGGAGACACCGUCCAGAGGUUAG